AUGGAGGGGGACACGAAGCUUUCAUGGGCUUCUGCAGUUUCAUCGUCUUCUCCUUCAGUAAAUGGAGAAAGCAUACAGAAUACCCAGGAGUCCGUCCCCGCAGAAUCUUCUCAAAAGUUUUCUGAUAAAAAAUUUACACCAGCACCAGCACCAAAAACAAACGUAUGGAAAGCUCGACAAGAACAAAUGGUUAAAUUAUCAAAUUGUCAGCCUAAGGACUCAGGGGAAUCUAAAGUUGCAUCAAAAGUAGAUGGUUCUUCUGCUAAAGCAUCGCUUAAUGGCAAUUUAAAUCAUAAAAAUUCGGAAUUAAUAUCAAUUUUAUCAGAUACAGAAAGUUGGCCAACUUUGAAUAAAGCUGUUUCAGAGGAAAUUUCUCAUGAAAAAGAGAAACCUAAUCCUCCUGUAGCAAGAACAUCAGGAAAAGAAAAAUGGGUUACUUAUAUACCAACAAUAACUCAUUCCAAGCCAUUACCUUUGAAAUCAGGAAAUCGAUCCCGUGAAGGAAGAUUUCAUGAUAAUGCAUUUCGGGGGUCUGCUAAAAAUGGGCGAAUAGCUUCUACGGAUGAUUCACAUACACUUUCUAAGAAUCAUAGAGAACAUAAGUCUGAUAAAGGCAGAAAUAAUAGACGUGGAGCAAAUAACCAAGAGAAGCGUGAAAGUAAAAAUACUGUUCAAGCAAAUGCAUCAAAAGAUAAAAAUGUGUCUAACGUUUCCUCUCAAACAGCAAAUUAUCCUAAGGAAAAUGCAUCCAAUACAAAAGAUACUAACGGCAUUUCAAAUAAACUCAACAUAGAGGAACUUAAAAUAAAAGAUAAUACUAAUGGUGUAAAAGAGGAUAGUAAUCGUCAUCAACGUAACAACAGUUAUAGAGUUAGAGGUAGUCUUCAUAUACCAUUUAUUCAUCAAAAUGGCCAGCCUUUAUUAAAUGUUGGCGCAUUUGUGCAAACUCCUAAUAUAUACAUGCCUUUUCGACCACCUGCAUGUGGGAAUCUAAGUAUUCCUUUUUAUCCGAACGAAAAGUAUCAGCAACCUUAUAUGUAUGAUUAUUCUCAUAUGAAUCAUCUUGGAAUGAUGGUUCCUGUUAUGUAUGAUCCUAUAGUUUUGAAAAAUUAUAUCCUUGGUCAAAUUGAUUAUUAUUUUUCUGUUGAAAAUUUAUGUAAAGACUUAUUCCUACGUCGCCAUAUGGAUGAUCAAGGAUGGGUAAAUUUACUAGUUUUGGCUAAUUUCAAUCGAAUUAGAAGUUUCGCAUUAGAAUAUAAUUUCAUUAGAGAUGUCACUACAUAUUCACGUACAGUAGAUGUUAUUUUUUCUGAUGGUUAUGAUCGAGUUCGAAAAAAAGAGGGUUGGGAAAUAUGGGUCUUACCUGAAAAAGAAAGAGAUCCUAGUGUAAGAAACGGACGAUCAACUUCAACUAAUUUUCCUGAUAAUGAAAAACCAAAUAUAACUAGUAAAGCCUUGAAGGAAAGUGUAGAUGCUUUGCCAUUUUUACCUCGAAUAAAUCCUGGUGCUGCCCCCUUUGCACCUAAAUCUCAAGAAAUACCUUCUAAUGGAUCAGGUGUAAAUAUGUAUAAUCAAAAUUCGUUAUCAAAAACUCCUAGUUCCAACGUAGUUGUACCUGAGGAAGUUUCUAGCAUUGAUAAAACGGAAAAAGAAGGUCAAAAUAGUAUAAAAGAUGACAAAUAA